GCCAUGCAGGCGCGGGCGCUGCUCCUGGCCGCCCUGGUCGCGCUGGCGCUGGCCCGGGAGCCCCUGGCCACGUCGUGCCCCGCGCGCUGCGACGUGUCACGGUGCCCGAGUCCCCGCUGUCCCGGCGGCUACGUGCCCGACCUCUGCAACUGCUGCCUGGUGUGCGCCGCCGUCGAGGGCGAGCCGUGCGGCCGCGCCGUAGACUCGCCGUGCGGGGAGAGCCUGGAGUGUGUGCGCGGCGUGUGUCGGUGUCGCUGGGCGCACGCCGUGUGCGGCACCGACGGGCACACCUACACCAACGUGUGCGCGCUGCAGGCGGCCAGCCGCCGCGCGCUGCAGCUCUCCGGGACGCCCGUGCGCCAGCUGCAGAAGGGCGCCUGCCCAUCGGGUCUCCACCAGCUGACCAGCCCGCGGUACAAGUUCAACUUCAUCGCUGACGUGGUGGAGAAGAUCGCGCCGGCCGUGGUCCACAUAGAACUCUUCCUGAGACACCCUCUGUUCGGCCGCAACGUGCCCCUGUCCAGCGGCUCCGGCUUCGUCACGUCGGAGGCUGGCUUGAUCGUCACCAACGCCCACGUGGUGUCCAGCACCAGCACCGUCUCGGGCCGGCAGCAGCUCAAGGUGCAGCUGCAGAACGGUGACACCUACGAGGCCACCAUCAAAGACAUCGACAAGAAGUCGGACAUCGCCACCAUCAAGAUCCACCCCAAGAAAAAGCUCCCGGCGCUGUCGCUGGGCCACUCGGCAGACCUGCGGCCCGGCGAGUUUGUGGUGGCCAUUGGUAGCCCCUUCGCCCUGCAGAACACCGUGACCACGGGCAUCGUCAGCACGGCCCAGCGGGACGGCCGGGAGCUGGGCCUCCGGGACUCGGACAUGGACUACAUCCAGACAGACGCCAUCAUCAACUAUGGGAACUCCGGGGGACCCCUGGUGAACCUGGACGGCGAGGUCAUUGGCAUCAACACGCUCAAGGUUGCGGCCGGCAUCUCCUUUGCCAUCCCCUCAGACCGCAUCACGCGCUUCCUCACGGAGUUCCAGGACAAGCACGGCAAAGACUGGAAGAAGCGCUUCAUUGGCAUACGGAUGCGGACCAUCACACCAAGUUUGGUGGAGGAACUAAAGGCCAGCAACCCAGACUUCCCGGCGGUCAGCAGUGGAAUUUACGUGCAAGAGGUUGUCCCAAAUUCACCUUCUCAGAGAGGGGGCAUCCAAGAUGGCGACAUCAUCGUCAAGGUCAACGGGCGCCCUCUGGCCGACUCAAGCGAGCUGCAGGAGGCCGUCCUGACCGAGUCCCCCCUGCUGCUGCAGGUGCGGCGGGGGAACGACGACCUGCUCUUCAGCAUUGUGCCCGAGGUGGUCCUGUGAGGGUGGGGCCACCUCCCUCCAUCGCCGACCGGAGCCUGCAGCCGGGACAGGGGCCAGCAGACGGGUUCCGCCCAGAGCCGCUGCCUCCCGUGGGGUCGGGACAAAGGACCGAGGUCGGUCCUCAGCAGAGCCAGAGGCCUCCUCGCGGCCGUCCAGGGCCAGAGCCACAGGCUGGGCUUGGCCAGGGGUCCGCAUCUCAGCCUUCUGGGAGGAUUGGCUCCAGCAUCACGGUGCCCCUGGGGGCAGCCCGAUGUCCCCCCCCCCACCGCCCACCAAAUGCUCCUGAGGGCCCUUCCAAGUUCCCAGAUCUAGAAAACUCUUCCAUUUCCCCGGAGGAAGUCCCAUCCUCUCUCCCGCCUUCCUGCCUUUGCACCUGUCGAUAGGAUACCUCUCUGAAAUGCCCGCUGCUCCUCCCCUCCCCUCACUGACCUUCACCUGUUCAGGUCUCAGCCCCCAGCCUCCUCCUCUCCCAGGUGCGCCUCCCUGGCCUCCCACACCCAAUAGCACCGUGCCCACCACGUUGAAUGACCAGGGCUGUCUGCCCGGCCAAUCUGCUCCCCUUGAGGAGUCAGGUGUGACGGGUCUGGCCCGGAGCUGGCGCCGCGGGAUGUCCCCUGGCUGUCCAGCCAAGCCCCGGGGCUUGGCGAUGAGGUCCGCCUUCCCAGGCGCAAGAGAGGCUGGCAGGGAGCAGAGCGUGUCUGACCCCCGGGAAGGCCGCCCGUCCUCCGGGAGCGGACCCUGGGGUGGAGGGCAGAGAGCAGAGGACGCUGGGACCUGCAGGGAGAGAGGAGGGGAGGACUGAGCCGGCUGCAGCUCCCCGGGCUGUUCUGUGCGGAGCGGGCCUCACGGCAUCGCCCCGGAGCAGGCGAGGUGCUCCCCUCUCCGCAGGGAGCCUGUUUCCAGGCGGCCCCGUGAGCUUCACUGUGCGGUCGGUCCCCCGUGUUGCUUGUACUGUACGUUUCUCUACUGUAUGGGAAUUAAAGUUUACAAGCGCACGGUCCUGUGCCAGCAGGGGCGUCUGGGGCAGCCCACCCGCCGCUGUGCAGCUUCUCCUGACCCAGAGCUGACACAUCGGUGGGCACGGAGACCCGGGGCCAACCGCCUGGAGCACCCAGGCAUCCCCAAGCCCCAGCCACCCCACCACUCAGCCCUGGCUCCCCACUUACUCCCAGCCCCCCGGUCCCCGGCAAGACCCCUCCCCUCCCCGUGCCGUGGCCUCUCCCCCCCAGGCAGGAGGGUCCUGAGACCACCGACCUCCUGGCAGUCGGGCAGAGCCCUUGGAGAGGCGCCCGGCUGGCAGCGGUGAGCCCGCUGAGUGUGCAGCGUG